UCAUUCUGACCCAUACAAUGUAUUUUUGGCAAUAGCUACAAAUAUACCCAUACAACUUAAGACUGGUUUUGUGGUGCAGGGUCACAUAUUAUGUGUAAACCAUCCAAAAAUCUCAAGAGACGUCUUAUCUGAACUAGCCUGGUCAGGGGUUUUGGGUACUUUUCAGCUUCUCGGUUGCUUUUAGAGCACUUUGGGUACUUUACAGCUGGUCAGUCUGUUCUGUUGUCUGGUUUCUGGUCGUUUGGUCACUUUCUGGCUCAUCAGGUUGAUUUGGGGCACUUUUCAUCUGAUUUUGGCCAUUUCUUAGCAGAUUUAAGGUACUUAUCGUAUCAUUUGGAAUGGUUGGUUUUAGACUUUGAAGUACUAGUGUGCCAGCUGAAAUCAGCCAGGACCACCAAACUGUUUGAGGCUGGUUUAACCUUUAAUUUUCUUUUUUUUUCGUACGAAACUCGCAUGUGUCACUUGUGAUUGAAGUCUGGAUGAGUCAGCCAAGUUCCCUUGAAUAGUUUUCUCUAUUUUACACAUUAUCAGUGAGUCAAAGCGCCCUACCUCUUAAACACAGAGGACAAGUCCAUCCGCCCCCAUUCAAUUCAGAGAAGCGCUGCAGGGCGAAAUUGCGCACAGGCGUCGCGUACUGAGCACGCCAUGCUCUCCAUCGGGACCAGAGGAGAAAGACACGCCAAAACCACUGAUUCCGAGCCCGUCCUGUGAUUAUCUCCAGUCAGAUGUACAGGUGGAAACAUGCCUGCAUUCCGUUGUCAGGGAAAGCGAAGAAAGUAAGGAGUCACGGCUGAAUUGUUUUUAAUAUUCCCAUGUUCCACAUGAGGGAGGUUAAGAUUGGAGAAAGCAUUUGUGUAUUAGUGUUGCUUUUUUCUGGGCUUGUGACCUGCUCAGGUGUUUUCGGAAGCCCUUUAACAGAUGAUGUUGCCACGCUGGAUACACUGAGUGAAAACAUUCCCAGUGACUACAGAAUACCUAUCCGCUUUAUCACCAAGGAUGUGGGUGGAGCUUGCUGGCUGUAUGUGAACCUGUAUCACGUCGAAAGCAGUUUAAAAACACUGGCCCUCAAGUUUGGCAACCUGUCAACCAAUAAAGCGAACAUCACUAUUUUUAUAACAAUGCUGGAGGGUUUUCGUUUCACUCUGGACAAUGACGAGCUGGAGGUGACAAUGCAAACAUUCGAGUGCCACUACAGACGGGGAAAGUGGCCAACUAGACGUUACUUCAACCAUGUUAAAGAGGUUCUUACAGCGGCUGGAUCCGCAAUGGGCAAGUUUCAAGACUGCACGCCUCCUCCUUGCCAGACUCCCCCAGCGCCUCCUUUCACACCAGGCAAAAGUAGACAGCAGAACGGUAUGAACGGAGCAAUUCACGGCCUCUUGGCGCUGCUCAUCAUCCCCAGCAUGACGCUUUUGGUCCUCAGUGUCAGGAUGGUAUUCAGAAGAAGCCGAUGUUGUGCGCAAAGAAUGCAUGAAGUCAACCUGAAUGAGCCCUAUGACGAGGCUGAAGAAAGCAGAACCGGGCCCCACAGCGGAGCUGCGCAAGGGGACCUUGAUCCCAGCUCCAGCAGCCAACAGGACAGGGCGUGGCUGGAUUCUUUAGGGUGUGCAGACACGGAGGUUUAAAUUAAAAAUGCAUGAGGAAACUCAUUGGAAAUGCAGUAUUUUGUGGUGGAAAUCUCCAGGUUUAUGAAGCGGACAAUGAAGGGAAUAUUUUGCCUGUUCCAGAAGGGAUGCAUGAGAUGUUUCUAGACUUACUCAUCAAGCCGUACCUGCUCACCACAAAAACAUUACGCUGAAGAGGCAAAUCGCAACUUGUGUUGAGCAUAACCAAUCAAUGAGUCUGUUAUUCUGGGAUGCCAUCCUUAAAACCAUGGGAGAUCCUUAAUGAUUUCAUCCGGCAGGAAGUGUGGCUCUUUGAUGAGCACAUAGGCUGGUCUGCUGCGAUGCCCGCGGCGGCUUGUUGGCUUUGAGGAACGCCGCUGGUCCUGCAGGCCUCCGCGAGGAGGACAAAUGGCUUUUUUGUGCCAGUGCCCCCAUUGCAUGAGGACGGUGGUUUAUUUUGCACCAGAAAACAUCUUUGGAACAGAGCACGGGCUUGUCUGGAAACACGUUUGAUUUAGAGCGUGGACAACAGUGCCAAGAUUUUUGCCGUUUACUACUCAUUUAUUAGCCAAUACUAAACCUGACGGGAGCAAGAACCGGUUCUUCUAAAGAGGCGUUUCUAGAUGCAACACGUCCAAAAUCUCACAAUCUCACACUUUGGCUGAACAUCUCUGUCCAUCUUGAGAGGGUCUCCAAUCCGGGUCAUUGGUCCGACUGCGUUUUUUAUUAAUUAGUUUGGCCUUGCACACUCCAGCGGCACAACAAGAGCUGAUUGUUUUCAUGACAACAUGGGGAAACCCAGAGAGCAUGAGAAUAGAGCUCACAUGAUAAAGAUGUAACAACAACAUGACUCAUGUCCCAUAAUUCAAUCUCACUUGCUAUAGCAUCUCUCGCUUCUUCUAUUCCGGUGUCUGUUUUCUUUCCUCGCUGUAACUAAAUAACAUUGUCAGGAGAUUAAGACUAAUUGAGUAGAUUAGAAUCGAUCUUUCAGUGUUCAGAUUAGAUAGAUUUGUCAAUGUUUAUGCUGCUGCUUUCCGCACAACAAAAGGCCCAAGAAGUGUUUGAGCGCUUAAGCUGCACUUAAUGUAUGAUUUUCAGUGCAUUAUAUAAUGAAAUAUCACACCAAGUUAUCUUAUUUUGAAGACAUGAAGCACAAACACACUUUUCAGGCAAAACUUUUCACAAAAAAAAGUAUAAAAUAGAUAUGUUGUAGAUAAUUUAAAAAAAUGGGUUUGUAUGAAAGACCAUUUCUGCCACUGAAUAGAAAAAACAAAGGUUAUUGUGACUUUUUCUCUCAAUUCUGACUCAAAAUUGCAUGAUACAAACUUGCAAUUAUGAGUUUUUUUCUCAAAAUUGCGUCAUAUAAACUCAUAAUUGCGAGUUAUGAAGUCAGAAUUCAUGAUAUAAACUCACAAUUCUGAUUUUUUCUUAGAAUUGCUUGAUAUAAACUCGCAAUUGCAAUUUAUGAAAAUAACUCAAUUCAGUCUUAACUCACAAAUGCGAGUUUAUAUCUCACAAUUCUGACUUAACUGGCAAUUGUGUUAAAAAGUCAGAGUUGUGAGAUAUAAACUCACAAAAUAUAAAUAUAAAGUCACAGCAGAAUUACUACUUUAUUUCUCCAAAUUGCAAGUUUGUAUUGCAAUUCUGACUUUAUAACUUACAAUUUAGAGUUUAUUUCUCACAAUUCUGAGGAAAAAAGUCAAAAUAUAAAAUUUUUUAUCAUGCAAUUCUGAGGACAAAAUGUCAGAAUUUUGAGUUUAUAUAAAGUUGCAACAGAAUUGCAACUUUAUUUUUCCGAAUUGCAAGUUUGUUUUGCAAUUCUGAAGAAAAAAAAGUCAAAUUCCAAGUUUUUAUCACCCAAUUCUGAGAAAAAAGCCAGAAUUUUGAGUUUAUAUGAAGUUGCAACAGAAAUGCAACUUUAUUUUACUGCGUGUUCACUUUGCAAAUU